AUGUGCAGUUGGCAAGCAAGCCCAGAUGAUCUCGCGGCUGAAUAUAUUCUGUCCAAGUUGGAUGUAAAUCCGCAUCAUAUACUGAUGGCGAUACGUGGGGAAGCGAUGGCUAUGUUCGUCGCGGCAUUAAAAUACUAUCCCGAUGUACUGACAAAUUGCAAACCCACACAACUGGAAGAUCUCGCAAUUGCUGUAAUGAAGGAAAGCAGAGACGCGCAUACUGACUCGAUCUUCCGUGUUCUUAUGCUUAAGAUCGGGAUGAACGAGAUCCGGACUGGUGAGAAUUUUGCUUACGAAGCUUACCUACUUGGUGCUGAGAUGCACAACAAGCCUGACAAUGUAAUGCGAGUCAUAAGGUCACUACCAGGUUUUUCGGAACUCGAGAAUACAUCACUGUACGAGGAGACAAUGGUUUGGGGCAAUGCAUUCAUCAACGAGAAAAGCAAGGUAGCUGACCUUGUGGUAUUUUGCGGCAUGUGCUUGAGAGCACACUUCAAUGACCAAAUGGCCGAACAUGUUGUCGCGAAGCUGAUUCAAGUUAUGGCCCACGCAGUGUCCCUGGGCGAGCGUCAUGUGCGUCACAUCCGAAUGGUGAUCAACAAACAUCGAAUUGCAAGCUGGGAUGACCUGCUGGUGGGAGUCGAAGCUAUGGUAGCCAAAGGCAAAAUUUUGGAUGCUCGUACUAUCGCUGCCACACGGUAG